AUGGUGAAAAACUUGAAGAAUGGAAAAGCCCCCUCCAAUAUACAAACUCUCAACAAAGCUCUCUCCAGCAUCAUACCCCCAUCCAACUCUCAUUUCUCCAGGUGUAUUGCUUCCUUCUGCCGUCUUGUUUUAAAUAUCAAAAAGCUAGAAGAACAACACUGGCAAAAUUCACCUUCAGCAGAACAACUUCAACAUGCCAACAAUCUUCCACUAACCAUUACAAGCCAUCCCAUUCAAUCCAGAAUAAAGCUUUCCCCUGUAAAACCCCAUGUUUUACAUGGUAUCUCGUUGGACUGUCGGGAAUUGUUCCUUGCGGAUUUGAAAGCAGCCAACUUCCCCCAUCCAACUUUUGCGUGGCAUGAACCUUGGGACUCUCACUGGAAUCAACUUUUCUCGGCCUUCCUCCUGAAGCACUGGAAUCAUUGUUACAAAUACGGCGCCUUUGCAAAUUUCCCAUUCAAUUCAAAACACAACAACUCUGUGAAUUCAAUGGCGGUGCUCAAAAGGUGGUUUGUAGGAAAAAGCAAUGACAUCCGAAAAAACAAAUACUCCCCAGUUUCAGUAAUGAAGAAAGCUAUCCAGGUGAAAAAGUCAAAAUGGCGCAAACAAACAGACAUAUUCAGUGAACCAACAUGCUGCUCGGACACAGAGCAAACUGACGAUGGGAAUUUCCAUAGAGUUCAGUGUCCUUGGCGAUCAACUCUAUUCACAGAGCUUGCUUACCACCUUGACAAGUUCUUUGAGAAAAACAAGGCUGAAAAACUGGGUAAAAAGUACUACACCAAUACUACUUCUAUCUGGUUACUCCGCCAAACCAGUGAAUUACGAGAAAAAAUAAUCAACGUGCCCUCAGGACUCCCGCGAAACUGCUACCACCCAAAUUUCCUUGCUUCCCUCAAUGAAACCGACAUCAAUGUUUUAAGAAUUAAGGACAAAAUAGAUCUUCAAGCCAUCAUCAAAGAGGUUUCCACUCAACGGUACACUCAACCUGAUACAAUUAAAGAAGUUAGUCUCUUGCAAUAA